AUGACUUUGAUCUGCGUCCUCAUCUGGACUCUCCUCUGCUGCUGCUUCACAGAGUCCAGAGGACAGAUCACAGUGACUCAGCCUGGAGCAGUGAGCUCUGCUGUGGGAGGAACUGUGAGCAUCAAGUGUACGACCAGUCAGGAUGUUUAUGUUUAUAGCAACAACCAUAUUUUAGCCUGGUACCAACAGAAAGAUGGAGGAGUUCCCAAACGUCUCAUUCACUCUGCUAGCACUCGAGAAUCAGGGAUUCCAGCUCGUUUUACAGGCAGUGGAUCAAACUCUGACUUCAGUCUGAUCAUCAGUGGAGUCCAGGCUGAAGAUGCAGCAGUUUAUUACUGUCAGAGUUUUCACUAUCCUAACAAUCAGGAUGUGUUCACACACUCGUCAACCUUGGGUGACACCGAUCUGCAGAUGGAUUCUAAACUUCCUCACAAACAGGCCCCAGGUGGUGAGAGUUGGUCCAACACCAUAAUCAAGUUUGUGGAUGACACAACCAUCAUAGGCCUCAUCACAGGCAACGAUGAGACGGCCUAUAGAGAGGAGGUGAUGGUGCUGUACGAGUGGUGCCUGGAAAAUAACCUGACACUCAACAUCAGCAAAACUAGAGAAAUGAUAGUGGACUACCAGAAACGACCAGUCGGGGAACACUGGCCCAUCCACAUCAACGUUGUCAAGGUCGAAAGGGUGUGCGAUGAAGAGCUUGCUGACGAGCUGCAUUACAGUUUGGUACGGAAGCUGCUCUGCCAGCAGCCGUAA